CGCAAGCGUCUCUUCAUCUGCUAUGCGGACAGGGAGUGACAGACGCAGACUGAAUACUCGGGUGUGCCAGAAAUCUGCGCUGUUCGCUCGAGCGCACUCCAUCCCCGCGAGCGCGUCUCAUUGCGAUCAACACGCGCGGCAUGAUUCUCAUCCCAGCGUUUCACUGUGGUCAGCUAUAAUUUGUUUUAUUUCUCUGAGAUGUGCGCACGGGAUUAAAUCGGAUGGAGCAGCGGUACACCGUUAAACCAGCAGCCGAGAGGAGAGCGAUAUUUGCGUUCAAUCUGAGAGGAAUGGACAGGCAGAAUAUGAUGCAGUGCAAGUGUCGUCAUUCGAACAUCUGUUAUUUCUGUUAAACUCAACAGCCAGAUUUAUCACGGAAAGUCUUUUAUAUCGUGUAAUAGCCUCAUGGAAACAACCCUUUGGACUGUGUAAGGUAGAUCAUUGUUUAUAUAUAAAUAUAUACAUAUAGGCAUAGGCCUAUAUAUAAAUGAAUAGAUAAAUGUAUUUAAUCUCUUAAGGUUUGGGAAUUCGCAAACCAUCUCAGUAUUAUUAAUUGAUUCGGGUCAUCAUUAAGUAUUCAUAUGACAUUUCCGCUGGGAGUAUUAUCUCCGCUGCACUGGAAUGCGUUUUCUUUAAAUGAGCUGUCUUCAUUUGAGUUUAGUCAUUAUUUUUGCUGUCCCAAGUGUGAUUAUUCACCUUAAUAAGAUUGCUUGGCUGAAUGAUGCGGAUGCAUAGAGGCUGAAUGAGAAGGGAGCUGGAAGAGAACAUCAUUGGAAUCACGGACAGACUGCCACAUCCACGCUGAACGAAUCACUGUGACAUCUGGCACUAAAACUGCUUAGACUAUUGUGACAUCUGUGAGCCGUUCUGUCUGUACUUGAGUUUAGGUGGCACCCCAGGCAACAUCCAGAGAGGGCCGAGUCCAGAUUCAAUCCACAGAGGACCAGAGUCUAAACUAAAUGCAGAGUGGAAUGAGUCUGGACUGAAUUCAUAACAUUAAAUUCAACCCAGACACGAUCUAAUUCCAGAAUCAACCCAGACGGGACCUGGAUUCAGUCUCAAUCCAGACUGAAUUCAUAAAGGACUUAAAUCUAGACUGAGUCUGGAUAGGACCUGAAUCCACUCCAUCCAGAUAGGAUAUGAAUUCUGACUGAAUCCAUAAAGAAGCUCACUGCUUUGCCAACUCACGGCGCAUCUAAAUCCAAAUUGAAUCUAGAUACAACCUAAAUCUAGAUCUCAUCCAGAUCUAACCAGAAUCCAGUAUCAAUCCAAAUAGGAUCUGUAUCCAAAAAAGGACCUAAGUCUGGACUGAAACCAGACAGGACCUGAAACUUAACUACAUUCAGAUAAAACCUAAAUCUAGAUUCAAUCCAGAGUGGACCAGAAUAUAGACUCGAUUCUGAUAGGAACUUAAUCCAGAUAAGACUGAAUGCAGUUCCAAUCCACAGUGGAUCUGAGCCCAAACUGAACCCAAAUAGAACCUAAAUCUAGAUUCAGUCCACUUAGGAUCUGAAUUCAAACAUCAAGGUUGAAUCCAGAGAGCGCCUGAGAACAGAAUCCAGACUAAAUACAGGGUAAACCUAGUCAAGGUUGAAUCCAAUUGGGGACCUGAGUCCUGUUUGAAUCCAUUAAGUACUGAAUCCAUCUAUGAUCCCUGGGACACCUGCAGCGAUGCUCCCAGCCACGGAGGCAGCCAAGAUCUACCAGACCAACUACGUCAGGAACUCUCGUGCCAUCGGGGUCCUGUGGGCCAUCUUCACCAUCCUCUUCGCCAUCGUCAACGUGGUAUGUUUCGUUCAGCCCUACUGGAUCGGGGACGGCAUGGACACACCACAGGCCGGUUACUUCGGCCUCUUUCACUACUGCAUAGGGAAUGGAGUGUCCCGGGACCUGACGUGCCAGGGGAGCUUCACAGAGUUUGGCUCUAUCCCGUCUAGCGCCUUCAAAGCUGCGUCCUUCUUCAUUGGGAUGUCCAUGGUGUUGGUCCUCUCCUGCAUUGGCUCCUUUGCCUUCUUCUUCUUCUGCAGCACAGCCACUGUGUAUAAGAUCUGCGGGUGGAUGCAGCUGGCAGCAGGUGUGUGUCUGGUGUUGGGCUGUAUGAUAUAUCCUGAUGGCUGGGAUGCUGAUGAGGUGAAGAGGAUGUGCGGAGAAGGGACGGACAAGUACACCAUUGGAGCAUGCUCAGUGCGCUGGGCGUACAUCCUGGCCAUUAUGGGCAUCCUGGACGCCCUCAUUCUCUCUUUCCUGGCUUUUGUGCUGGGCAACAGGCAGGAUGGACUCAUGUCCGAGGAGCUGCUGGGAGACAAGAGUGGAAAUGCAUAGAUGCCAGAUACACUCAGGUGUUUCUGUCUCGUUCAACGAAAACCAUUAUGUGAAAUCACAAUCCAGCUUUACCCAUCAUCCUGAGGGCAGGAAGCCUGACUAAAGCAGUUAAAGGAUGCAAACGGUGAAUGGAGUUGGAAACUCGAUGCUUUUCAUUCCAAAUCCCUUCUUUUCACUUCACUCCCUGGAAUUGCUUCUCAACAAACCCCCACCCUACUUUAAUUUACAGUGUUCUGUGUUACUAACAUGAUAGGGCAGCUAAUGCACCGUUUAGAAGUAACUUUAACUUGGAUUAAUAAUAAUAAUAAUAUUUAUUUUUCAUUGCGUUCUCCUUUAAAGGCCUGCAUUACGAUAAUAUUUUGGGAUUUAUGAAUUACUGUAAAACACUGUUCUAUUUGACUGGAUUCCUCAAUAUAGAAGGAAACGUUUACAGGCUUGAAUUGUGGGAUGUACAUUCUGGCACAGAGCUGCACCACAGACAUUUUCGGCCUGUUAUUAUUGGUCACCACCACCCCUGGACAAAAAAAAAAGAAAAAAAAGAGGGGAGCAAAAUGGUACACUAAAUCCUUACCACUUAACAGAGCCAAUUUACACGCAAGUGAUCAUUUAUCGGAAUUCAAAAUGUACAAUUAUUUCAACAAAACACUAUCCAACAUUGUUUAAAAGUGGUAUGUAAACAGAAGCUGUGAGUUCACUGUUAAUACAUUUUAAAAACUAGUGUCAAAAUUAGGGGCAGACAUCUCUGCCAUUAGUAAAUGUGCACACGCCAAGUAUAUACAGAAGUAGGAGAGUGUUUUAAGUAUUAUGUAUUGAGUGUAUAUGUUGAAUUUCUGUUUGUCUCUAAUUCGAUAUUUACUUCUCGGCAGUGUUGGUGCUGUAUAGUUAUGUGUGCCAUAAUUAUGAUGUUCUCAGCUGGUACCGUUUCGUACUCUUGGUAUUAUCAUUCUGUCCCACCAAGACAAACGAACAGCCUAGGAUCGCCAAUCAAAAACAUCAUGGGAAAAACUGGAGGAUGGGGUUUCAAAAAGCAAAAGCCCACAGGAAAUGACCUCACAGUGUACCUCGUGCCACUCCCUCCCUUCUUGGACAACGCUGGAUGAAGUUCUGAAGGAAAAGGAAAAAAUGUUGUUUCGCUUUAUUUAUUGGGUGUCAGUCUUGUCAGAUGAUGUUCUAUGUAGAAAAAAAAAAUGUAAAUACACCAUUCAAAUGUAUUAGUUAUAAAAGUUCAUUAAAGACAAUUCACCCACAUUAAUGAAUAAAGAUUUUACCUCUACCAACUGAAA